GGGCAAACACUGCCCGGAGUGAGAGCAAACUACCAGCGCUGAGGGGCCGGCGGGAGUGUGGGUUCGUGUGUAUGCGUCUGUGUGCAGGAGAGCGAGCGCGGUGGUAGGGGGACCAACUGCUUCACACUUUCAACACUGCACUGAAGAGGGAGAGAGCGAGAGACUGGAGACGCACGGAUCCCCCCAAGAUCUCUCAAAGCUACCGUCCCACAGAUUAUAGAACAGGACCCCCCAAAAAACGAAACAGAGGAAAACGGACAGCGGUUGGACAUGGACGAAGGAAUUCCUCAUUUGCAAGAGAGACAGUUACUGGAACAUAGAGAUUUUAUAGGCCUGGACUAUUCCUCUUUGUAUAUGUGUAAACCCAAAAGGAGCAUGAAGCGAGACGAUAGCAAGGAUACCUAUAAAUUACCGCAUAGAUUGAUAGAAAAGAAAAGAAGAGACCGGAUUAAUGAAUGCAUUGCUCAGCUGAAAGAUUUACUGCCUGAACAUCUGAAGUUGACAACGCUGGGGCAUCUGGAGAAAGCGGUAGUCUUGGAAUUAACUUUGAAACACUUAAAAGCUUUAACAGCCUUAACCGAGCAGCAGCAUCAGAAGAUAAUUGCUUUACAGAAUGGGGAGCGAUCUCUGAAAUCGCCCAUUCAGUCCGACUUGGACGCGUUCCACUCGGGAUUUCAAACAUGCGCCAAAGAAGUCUUGCAAUACCUCUCCCGGUUUGAGAGCUGGACGCCCAGGGAGCCGCGGUGCGUCCAGCUGAUCAACCACUUGCACGCCGUGGCCACCCAGUUCUUGCCCACCCCCCAGCUGUUGACUCCACAGGUCCCCCUGAGCCAAGGCACCGGGGCGUCNNCGGCCUCCCCCUCCCGCCCGCUCCCAGCCCGGCUUUCCUUCCUCCCUCCCCCCACUUCCCUCUCCCACGCCGGGGUUCAAAGUGCUGCCGCGCGGGGUGAGGGCGCCAGAGCCGGACGCGGCGCUGUCACGUGCGCCCGCACAUGCUGGGGUGCACGUGCCAGGCAUCGGCGAUACAGCGGUGACCCAUACAAACAAAUGCAUCACUCAUCAUGGUGCUUACAACUCCUCUUCAUCAAGCCUCACAAGCUCCCAGGCAUUUGCCAAGCAGUUGUUAUUUAUGUCAACUAG